AUGGUCAACUUUUUCAAGCGUUCCAACAAGCCGCAAGCUCCGCCUUCACCCGUUCAGAAACCCAUCCUGCACGCCCGCGACUCGGGCUUCUCGGAAAGCGGCGCUUGGAGUCAACCUCAGACCAUGCCAUUCUCGAUGCAGGCAGAAGCUUGUGCGGCGCCAAUGCCUCCCCUUGGCGGAGGUCACGCUCUCGAUCCGACGCGCGACGAGCACACGAAAGCGCGCCGCCGCGGAAAAGACUGGCUACCGUACCGCGGCCACAGCAAGAGGCUCGUCAUCGCCGUGGAUUUGGGCACGACGUACUCUGGCGCAUCCUACUGCAUCCUCACCCCCGGCAAGACGCCCGAGAUUGCAGAAGUGACGGCUUUCUCUGGACAGGCGAAUGGAGCUUCAAAAGUGCCCACCAAGGUCGGCUACAGCGUCGAAGGCGUGCCUUGCUUCUUUGGCGCCGAGUGCUCCUUUGCGCCCAAUGCCAUGCAGCUUGCCAAUGCAGGUGGACAGGUGGCGCGCUGGUUCAAGCUGCAUCUCAAGCCCGCGCAUCUCUCCUUGUCGGUCGCGCAAGAUGAUGCGUCCAACCCUCUGCUCGCUCCCAUCCCGUUCGGACUGAAGCCACAAAAGGUGCUCGCCGACUUCCUACACUACAUGGUGCGCUGCGUCGGCGAGCACAUCAAGACCCGACACGCCAAUGCCAUGGAGCUCAUGUGCGAGCUUGCGCAAUCCACCAGCUACGUCAUCACCAUUCCAAACGGAUGGGAAGCGGCUCAGCAAGCCAUUCUCAGGCGCUGCUGCGUCGAUGCGGGUCUGGUCGCUGCAGAGAGCGCAGAGGCUGUCAAAUUUGUCUCUGAAGCUGAAGCGUCCAUCCACUUUUGUUCGCAGUCUGCCGCAUCGAGCGCUUGGAUGGACAAGGUGGGCCAGCAAGUCCUCGUCUGCGAUGCUGGCGGUGGUACGGUGGACAUUUCGACGUACGAGGUCACCGCUACAGCUCCUUGCCUGCUGGUCAAGGAGAUUGCGAGGUCCGACUGUCUCAUGGCCGGCAGCACCGUCAUUGAUCGUCGAGCUGCCGAGCUUCUGCGUCAGAAGCUGGCUGGCACGCCUUGGGCCGAGCCGGCGCAACUGUUGCAGCUGCAACUGAAGUUCUGCUCCAGCGUCAAGGAGCUCUUCAACAAUCCUUUGCAGAGCAUGCUUCUCGAGGUGGGAUCUUUCAGGGACAAUGAGCCGGAAUUGGGCAUCAAGAAUGGUCUCUUGGAGCUGACUGGCGAAGAGAUGGCCGCCUUGUUCGAGCCGUGCAUUGAAGCGACGUGCAAGAGCAUCAUGGACAAGGCUCAAAAAACCAACAGGCGUCGCGGUCCGCUGACAGUCGCCAUGGUAGGCGGCUUCUCCGAGAGCGCCUACUUUAGAUCCGAGCUGCAAAAUCGAUUGGGCGGCUUGGUGCGCAUGACGAAGCCGGAUGGAGCAUUGUGCAAAGCAGUCGCUUCUGGUGCAGUGGCUUGGUCGUUGGAUGGCAUGGUGUCUACGCGAGUUGCGAGAAUGUCGCUGGGCAUUCGAUGCAACGCUCUCUUUCGACCUGAAAAGCCAGGUCACGUGCAAAGGCAGCACUUGAGCUUUGCAGGUCAAGAUGGCCGCUGGAAAUUGCCCGGCGUGUUCGCCCCCAUCAUCAAGAAGGGAGAGAGCGCAUCCAGUACCGCAGAGCACAUUGAGCCAUUCAACUUGACGUGGCCUAUCGGUGCGCCGCCGAUGAAGGAGGUCGUCUUGUUCGUGCAUCGAGAUGAGGAUGGAGAUGAUGAUGAGCAGCACAUUCCCGAGUUCGUCGAAGAGGAAGGAUUGUGAGUGCUGCGCUACAUCGCGUCAUUACUCUCUGUGCUGACACGCAGCAACCCCCGCAGCGAGGAGCUGUGCCGCUUCGAGAUUGACCUGUCUCACUUUGCCAUGCGCAUGCCGCUGCCCGUCAAGACGUUGCCUACAGGCCAGCGCUACGUAGAAGCCAAGAUUCAGCUGGCCAUGCAGCUCAACGGCACCGAGAUCACCGCCCAGACCAUCUUUGCGCACGGCGGACAGACUUACAGAAGCCCAGCCAUGGUUCACGCCAACAAAUGCUUGAUUACGCAGUAG